AGAAGCGUGGAGCAGACUGUCUCCUCCCCCCACCCUCGGAGCACCACUCUCUCCUCCCCCUCCAGUCCCUGCCUUUGUGUGUGUGCGCGCUCGGGGUGGCUGCGUACCCAAAAACCCACACGGAUGCUCGGCUCCGAAUGAGCACAAGCUCCCGUGCUUGGACACUCCCCGUUUUUUUUUCCCAACCUCCUCUGUGAUGUGACGGCCACAUUUGGGAAUAUUGGGAAGAAGAAGAAGAUUAGCAGGAGGACGCCCCCCCCAUUAUCACCACCACCACCACCUCGUGAAGAAGCACGUGAAGCUCCCACUCCACCAAUCCCAUUUUUGGGGUCACUUUUUCCAUCAGCAUCCUUGCUUGGGAUUCAUCCCAAAUCUGACUGGAGGAUUUCUGCGGGAUUUGGAGGAUUUCUUUAGUGGGGGGGGGCGGGAGGCACACUGAUAUGGAUUAAAGGGGAACCGAGAGCAGUCAAACUGGAGCAGCACGCGAGAGCACGCCGGGGGGGAAGGGGGCGACGGGACUCGGUGAAUUCACGGAGCCCCCGGGAUAGAGGCUGCGAGUGGUCCCACACCAAGAUGAUGUCCCCCAAAAGCCGAGCCAAGAAGAAACCCCCCAAAGACAGCAUGACCCUGCUGCCGUGCUUUUAUUUUGUAGAGCUUCCCAUCGUCCUGUCCUCCUUGGUGUCUCUCUACUUCCUGGAGCUGACUGACGUCCUGUCCCCGGCCGUGGUGGGCUUCCGGUGCUACGACCGUGACCUCUCCAUGCCCUACGUGGAGACGGGAGACGAACUCAUCCCUCUUUUGAUGCUGCUCAGCUUGGCCUUCGCCGGACCCGCCGCAUCGAUCAUGAUGGGGGAGGGCAUCAUGUAUUGUAUGCAGUCCAAACUCAAGACAUGUCCCAAGACGGAGGGCAGCAUCAACGCGGGAGGAUGCAGCUUCAACUCCUUCCUGCGCAGGACCGUUCGCUUUGUUGGUGUGCACGUGUUUGGUCUCCUAGCAACAGCCCUGGUGACGGACGUCAUCCAGCUAGCCACCGGCUACCACGCCCCGUUCUUCCUCACCGUCUGCCAGCCCAACUACACGGCGCCCGGCGUGUCAUGUGACAACAGCGCUUACGUCACGCAGGACAUCUGCAUGGGCAAAGACCAGUACGCCAUCAUGUCGGCCAGGAAAACUUUUCCAUCCCAGCAUGCAACACUGUCUGGCUUUGCUGCCGUCUAUAUAUCUAUGUACUUCAACGCCAGCAUCAGCGCCACCACCAAGCUGCUCAAACCCUUGCUGGUUUUCGCCUUCUGCAUGGCGGCGGGCCUGGCCGGCCUCACGCAGAUCACGCAGCACCGCAGUCACCCCAUGGACGUCUACGUGGGGUACCUCAUCGGGGCCGGCAUCGGCGUCUACCUGGCCGUCUACGCAGUGGCCAACUUCAAGGCGUCGGAAGAAGACGCGUCACCUCAUCCCAAAAUCCUGUCGGCGCAGCAGAAGGACACCCUGAGGGUGCUGAGUCAGCGCGGCCACGACUCCCUCUACAGGAAACCCCCCCGCGCGUCGGAGAGCAGGGAGGAGCUGGGCGUGGCCAUGGGUUCGGGGGCGCGCAGCAAGGUGAGGCGGGAGAAAGCGUCUCUGGCCUCCCUGAAGCGAGCCAGCGCCGACGUGGAGCUCCUGGCCACCCGCGGGCCCAUGGGCAAGGAAACCAUGGUGACCUUCAGCAACACCUUGCCCAGGGUGGCCAACGGCGGCAGCCCCAUCUCGCCCGCCGAGGAGCAGACCCCGUCGCAGCGUCACAUGACCUUCCACGUGCCCUUUGACCCCCAAAGAUCCCGGCAGCUGGUGUCGGAGUGGAAGCAGCGCUCGCUGGAGCUUCGCAGUCAGAGCUCCAGAGAUGAAGACGAGGGCGGGGACGGAGCAGAAGGGGCGGAUGCCGGGCACGAGGAAAACGGGGAAGCGGGCGACCAGGGCGUGCCGUCCUCUCUUUACCCGAAAGUGCAGGCCAACAAGGGCAUGGCCACGCCCACCGCGGCGAGGAUGGCGGUGGCGCCGCCCCUGGUUCACAUCCCAGAGGAGGCCACCCGUCCCCCGCCGGUGUCCCCGAAGAGCGCCAAGACCCGUGCCAAGUGGCUUUCGCUCACAGAAGGAGGCGGAGUUAAGGAGCCCGGCGCGGGGCCCAUUGCUGUGUCAACCCCUCGGGUUCCCACCACCCAGGCCCCCCCUCAGAGAGUCACUCAGGUGAUGGCGAUGUCCAAGCAGCAGAGCCACGGCGGCGUCACCUCCGAGGGUGGCUCCUCCUCCGGGGGCGGCUCCAAUUGCUCCGAGUCUCCGUACUACCGCAUCCCGUCGGACCGGGACAGCUGCACGGGCAGCAACCCCGGCAGCAUCGGCGGCAGCGGCAGCAUCGUCACCAUUGACGCCCACGCGCCGCACCACCCGGUUGUGCGCGUGACGGCCGCCAACGGGAAGCCGUGGGAAUGGAGGAACACCAUCAGCGGCAACCUGAUGGGCGGCGACGGGUCGGCGGAUAAACACCGCGGCAUCCUGCAGCGGCAGGACAACGCCCCGCUUUACCGCGAUUACCGGACACUUCCUGUUAAAAAGGAGUCACUGGGCGUCGAAACGGAGCUGCCGCCCCCGCCUCUUCCCACCGCCUCUUCCCCUCUUCCUCCCCCACCUCAGCUGUCCUCGCCCCAUCUCCCGCCGCCCCCUCCUCACUCAUCUUCCUCCCCGCUGCCCCCGCCCCCUCACCCUUCUCACAUGACCCUCCCGCCUCACCCUUCGUCCCCUCAGCCCUUGCCGCCGCCCCCGCUCCCUUCCUCCUCCAUGCCCCCGCCGCCGCCCCCGCACCCCUCGUGCUCGUCCGUGCUCCCGCCCCCCCCUCACCCUGACCUGCUGAUGGACAGCCACCUGCUGUCCCGCUCCUCCACGCUGCCCCGCCGUCCCUCCGUGUCGGCUCGCAGCCAUGCCGAACAGGAGCAGUACUACAAGGCCCUGCAGAACGAGCGCAUGUUAUAGUGGGCGGGGGGGCCGGGGUCCCCGGGGGCCGGAUGAACACAGCCAGGGUAGCUUGUAUAGCUUGUAUAGUUUCUACAGCGUCACAACUUUUUAUUUGAAUAACUUGGAAUUCCGAAUGGCAGCUGGGGUCAAGGUUGAGCACCAAGGGGACGCUUGGCGUUCCCGUAGCGCCUGCUGUCCGAGGAAGACAAAGGAGAUCAAAUACCAGGAAGGAAGAAUUCCCGUUUGGUUGCCACGAGCUCGUACUUCUCCACACUAAGUGGGAAAGCAGCUGCAGCCGUGGAGGAGAUACGGCUCAGACCUCGGAUUUGCUCAAUCUGUUUCCCUUUGAGACGGCGAAGAAAGACGAGGAAAACAAAACAACCUCGGGCUCGGAUCCUUCAACUGCUGCCAACUUUUGUUUCCUCCUGCGACGAGUCGUCGCAUCUCGAGGAGCCUCCUAAGCAUCAUGAAGAGGAUCCUCGCCUAUCAGCCUGCAACCUUCUGUGUGGUAUGUAAACAAGGAAUGUGAAGCCUCAUCCAAACAAACGUGAGCAGCUGGGCAUCCCGAUCCAGGCGUCACGGAAUGCCUUGUGACCGCAAAACCUAACCGUCACAUUAGCUUGGCUUUAACCCUUCGAUGCACGAGUGACUGGACCCUACACUCUUCCAUAAGUGGCUCAAAAAUCACCCAUACUAGAAUCAAUGCCUUUUUAUGCCAGUUUUGGUUAGGAAUAAUCACUUGUAUGAUAUUUAGUAUUAUAUUUAGGACCACACAAGAAUGAUUUCAUGUUAGAAACAUCUUCAUUUUUCACUUUUUUACAUCUUUGAAAAAGAAAAUGACCCCAAUGACAACAAUAGAAAAUGUGAGGAUCCAUUGUGUGUUGCAUAAAGAUAAGUUAAAAAUGUGAAUGGCAUGAUAUCAAAAAUAUGUUUUUUAGGAAUACCUGGAAUAUGAAAUGAUAACAAUUUUUCAUUACAAAGAUAUUUCAAGAAAACAACCUGACCGGGUCAUUUUUGACCCACUUAUGGAAGGUUUGGGUAGUAACACAAAAACUAAAAUUUCUUAAAAUGUAUAAAAGGUAAGUUAAAAAUGUGAAUGGCAUGAUAUCAAAAAAUGUUUUUUUGAGGAAUAACUGGAAUAUGAAAUAAUAAAAACAUUUCAUUAAGAUAUUUGAAGAAAACAACCUGACCGGGUCAUUUUUGACCCACUUAUGGAAGGUUGGGGUAGUAACACAAAAACUAAAAUUUCUUAAAAUGUAUAAAAGGUAAGUUAAAAAUGUGAAUGGCAUGAUAUCAAAAAAUGUUUUUUUGAGGAAUAACUGGAAUAUGAAAUAAUAAAAACAUUUCAUUAAGAUAUUUGAAGAAAACAACCUGACCGGGUCAUUUUUGACCCACUUAUGGAAGGUUGGGGUAGUAACACAAAAACUAAAAUUUCUUAAAAUGUAUAAAAGGUAAGUUAAAAAUGUGAAUGGCAUGAUAUCAAAAACAUGUUUUUUGAGGAAUACCUGGAAUAUGAAAUGAUAAAAAAUUUUCAUUACGAAGAUAUUUCCAGAAAACAACCUGACCGGGUCAUUUUUGACCCACUUAUGGAAGGUUGGGGUAGUAACACAAAAACAAAAAUUUCUUAAAAUGUAUAAAAAGUUAAAAAUGUGAAUGACAUGAUAUCAAAAACAUGUUUUUUGAGGAAUACCUGGAAUAUGAAAUGAUAACAAUUUUACAUUACAAAGAUAUUUCAAGAAAACAACCUGACCGGGUCAUUUUUGACCCACUUAUGGAAGGUUGGGGUAGUAACACAAAAACUAAAAUUUCUUAAAAUUUAUAAAAAGUUAAAAAUGUGAAUGGUAUGAUAUCAAAAACAUGUUUUUUGAGGAAUACCUGGAAUAUGAAAUGAUAAAAAAAUUUUCAUUAUGAAGAUAUUUCAAGAAAACAACCUGACCGGGUCAUUUUUGACCCACUUAUGGAAGGUUGGGGAAUUAACACAAAAACUAAAAUUUCUUAAAAUUUAUAAAAAGUUAAAAAUGUGAAUGGUAUGAUAUCAAAAAUAUGUUUUUUGAGGAAUACCUGGAAUAUGAAAUGAGAAAAAAAUUUCAUUACAAAGAUAUUUCAAGAAAACAACCUGACUGGGUCAUUUUUGACCCACUUAUGGAAGAUUUCUUAAAAUUUCUUAAAAUGUAUAAAAGGUAAGUUAUAAAUGUGAAUGGCAUGAUAUCAAAAACAUGUUUUUUGAGGAAUACAUGGAAUAUGAAAUGAUAAAAAAAAUUUCAUUACGAAGAUAUUUCAAGAAAACAACCUGACCGGGUCAUUUUUGACCCACUUAUGGAAGAUUGGGGUAGUAACACAAAAACUAAAAUUUCUUAAAAUUUUUAAAAAGUUAAAAAUGUGAAUGGUAUGAUAUCAAAAACAUGUUUUUUGAGGAAUACCUGGAAUAUGAAAUGAUAAAAAAAUUUCAUUACAAAGAUAUUUCAAGAAAACAACCUGACCGGGUCAUUUUUGACCCACUUAUGGAAGGUUGGGGUAGUAACACAAAAACUAAAAUUUCUUAAAAUGUAUAAAAGGUAAGUUAAAAAUGUGAAUGGCAUGAUAUCAAAAACAUGUUUUUUGAGGAAUACCUGGAAUAUGAAAUGAUAAAAAAAAUUUCAUUAAGAUAUUUCAAGAAAACAACCUGACCGGGUCAUUUUUGACCCACUUAUGGAAGAUUUCUUAACAUUUCUUAAAAUGUAUAAAAGGUAAGUUAAAAUGUGAAUGGCAUGAUAUCAAAAACAUGUUUUUUGAGGAAUACCUGGAAUAUGAAAUAAUAAAAAAAAUUCAUUAAGAUAUUUCAAGAAAACAAUCUGACCGGGUCAUUUUUGACCCACUUAUGGAAGGUUGGGGUAGUAACACAAAAACUAAAAUUUCUUAAAAUGUAUAAAAGGUAAGUUAAAAAUGUGAAUGGCAUGAUAUCAAAAACAUGUUUUUUGAGGAAUACCUGGAAUAUGAAAUGAUAAAAAAAAUUUCAUUAAGAUAUUUCAAGAAAACAACCUGACCGGGUCAUUUUUGACCCACUUAUGGAAGGUUGGGGUAGUAACACAAAAACUAAAAUUUCUUAAAAUUUAAAAAAAAAGUUAAAAAUGUGAAUGGUAUGAUAUCAAAAAUAUGUUUUUUGAGGAAUACCUGGAAUAUGAAAUGAGAAAAAAUUUUCAUUACAGAGAUAUUUCAAGAAAACAACCUGACUGGGUCAUUUUUGACCCACUUAUGGAAGAUUUCUUAAAAUUUCUUAAAAUGUUUAAAAGGUAAGUUAAAAAUGUGAAUGGCAUGAUAUCAAAAACAUGUUUUUUGAGGAAUACCUGGAAUAUGAAAUGAUAAAAAAAUUUUCAUUACGAAGAUAUUUCAAGAAAACAACCUGACCGGGUCAUUUUUGACCCACUUAUGGAAGGUUGGGGUAGUAACACAAAAACAAAAAUUUCUUAAAAUGUAUAAAAAGUUAAAAAUGUGAAUGGCAUGAUAUCAAAAAUAUGUUUUUUGAGGAACACCUGGAAUAUGAAAUGAUAAAAAAUUUUCAUUACAAAGAUAUUUCAAGAAAACAACCUGACGGGGUCAUUUUUGACCCACUUAUGGAAGGUUGGGGUAGUAACACAAAAACUAAAAUUUCUUAAAAUUAAAAAAAAAAGUUAAAAAUGUGAAUGGUAUGAUAUCAAAAACAUGUUUUUUGAGGAAUACCUGGAAUAUGAAAUGAUAAAAUUUUUUUCAUUACGAAGAUAUUUCAAGAAAACAACCUGACCGGGUCAUUUUUGACCCACUUAUGGAAGGUUGGGGAAUUAACACAAAAACUAAAAUUUCUUAAAAUUUAUAAAAAGUUAAAAAUGUGAAUGGUAUGAUAUCAAAAACAUGUUUUUUGAGGAAUACCUGGAAUAUGAAAUGAUAAAAAAUUUUAAUUACGAAGAUAUUUCAAGAAAACAACCUGACCGGGUCAUUUUUGACCCACUUAUGGAAGGUUGGGGUAGUAACACAAAAACUAAAAUUUCUUAAAAUUUAUAAAAGAUAAGUUAAAAAUGUGAACAGCAUGAUAUCAAAAACAUGUUUUUGAGGAAUAUCUGGAAUAUGAAAUGAUAAAAAAAAAUUUCAUUACGAAGAUAUUUCAAGAAAACAACCUGAGCGGGUCAUUUUUGACCCACUUAUGCAUCUAAGGGUUAAACACGGCGGUGCCAUUGCUACCAUCAUUUCUUGGACGCCAACGUCCCAACAACAAAGAAGUGGUUUGGAUGCUUCUCCAAGUGAACUCUGGUACAUCUUGGUUCGCUUCAUGGCGGUACGGACCAAAGACACGGACCGAUGUUAAAAUAACAAAUCAGGAGGAUUUAACAGAACAGACCAGCACUUCUUAAAAACUGUUUUUUUCUUGUAAUAUUAUCACAAAUGACGUCACAAACGCGGUCCAAUCGGGUUUUACCGUAUCCGUUAUUUUUGACUGGUCCACUUUUGGAAUGUUGAGCGAAUUGGACCCAAUUUACAUACAAUGUAUCGGUUUGUUUUGUUUACUACCGUGGUACCAAACUAAACUACAAAUGUAAACAACAAUUGACAGCAAAGGAAACUAAAAUGUGUCCCGAUCAAAAACUGAACCACAAAGCGGAAACUGUUUUUUUUUUUAGUUAACGACUAACACAUUUCUGAAUGAAUUACAUAAGAAACAAAGUCCAUUCAGUCAACUUUUGGUCAGAUUAUAAUGUUUCAGUACAGUCGUGGUUCGCAAUUAUUUUCUGUCAUGCCCCCCCCCCGAAAGGGACAGAAAUGUUUUCACUCCGCCCCCAUUUUAAAUACUAGCGAAACUGAUAUCGAUUCACUUGUCUGUACGGUACAGACUGAGAUUGAAACUGAAACCAGGAAAAGACAACAACAUGGAAAGCAUAGUACAAGCUGAGUACUAUAAAUGUGUACAUGUUGGCAGGUUUGCUCUAACAUUGAAAAACUACUCCCUGCCUCUCACCCCCCCCCCCCCCCCCACCAACCCCGCCACAGACUUUGCCUUUGUUAAAAAGCUAGCGUGCUGCCCAUCAUGGCAGAUACUACAGUAAACCUCGGAUAUAUCGGACUCGGAUAUAUCGGAAAUUCGCUCACAACGGACAGAUAAAAAAGAAACGAUUUUUCUGUAAUGCAUUUCCAAUAAAAAUUCAUUGCAUAUAUCGGAUUUUUUCAUAACGGAUUUCGCCUAUUUCGGACAAAAUCUCCAGUCCCGUUCCAAUGCAUUUCCAUUAAAUUUCCCUCGCAUAUAUCGGAUGGCCGCAUCGUGGCGCUCCGAUUCGCCGAAUCGUGACAGGCCGCUAUACGACGUCAUUUGCAGCGUUUGUUGCGUUGCCAGGUACAUUGGAAACAUAGUCAAGGAAGUGCCUUUUUAUAACGGAUAAAAUCCGAUUUACGCAUAUACCGGAUAUAAAUCCGAUAUAUGCGUAAAACGGACAUUUUCCGGUAUACGCAUAUAACGGAUUUCGCUUAUAUCGGACAAAACCAGUGGGAACAAUUGAAUCCGAUAUAUAUCCGAGGUUUACUGUAGAAUCGACCCUAAAUAAACAAACCGACGGAGCCCCCACUGGUGCUGCUCAGUUCAGUCCCGAACCAGAACCAGUUCGGCACGGCACGGUUUCCUGCCAAUCUGGCAAAACAGUAAGAAUAUCCCCUAAUUAGAAAUAUUUAACAAGCAACAUUCAGGUCCUCCGAUUUGUGUGUGUGUGGGGGGGGAGGUGGGGGGGGCACUUUUGAGUGUUUUGUGUCAUUUUCGACAAAGCGUCCGGAUUAGUCCGGUUCAUAGCGUAGUUCUCCAUCUGUACAAAAAACAUCACGCCAAAAACAUGUAAACAAGGUUUAGUUUUUAUCACAAUGACUAAAGGCCAAAGCAGUACAGAUAAAAAAGUAAUAAAAGCUGAUAUUAUUAUAUCUACAUAUAUUAUGAAAUAUCAACCACGGCUGCUUUGGGUCGAGAUCGUGGUGCGGAACAAGGGUUUGAUUUCCUUUUUAAUGAACUGAACCGAACGCUAAGCUAAAUUAGCUUGAGCACAAUUUCAAUUAGUGCAAAAAUAAGCAAAUAAAUGUAAAUUUCAACUUCAGCUGCAUAUUCACUAAUAAUAAUAAUAAUAAUAGUAAUAACCAUUAAAAAUAAAGCCAAUUUAUAUUAUCUUAGCUUUAGGAAAUAAUAAUAAUGAUAACUCUCCUCUGUGUUGAAACUUGUAUAAAGUUUAUAAAGUUAAUUCCUUAGCUUACUUCUCCAUUGAAAGUGCUUUAUUUUGUAUAUUUUGAUGAAAUUCAUUUUUUUUCCAAUAAUACCUGAAGCCAUUUUAUACAAUUAGGAACGAAUGGAUUGUAUUUUGUAUCAAACGUGCUGCGUUGAGGAGCUCGUGGGCAAGGCAGUCUGUUCUCGCAGGGAUCUUUGCUGGGAUUUCAUACCAUAAAUAUAUAUAUAUAGUACAUAUACAUAUAUAUAUAUAUACUGCUUGAAAAACAUUUAGUAUGAUUCCCAUUUAAAUCCCUAUGAGAACAAUUCACUUGGUGCUGUGUGUGUGUGUGUGUGUGUGUGUGUGUGUUUUGCUUCAGGUGUUCACCGUUACCUUAUUUGACAAAACAUGCUGCAUUUUUUUUAGUGCUGGUGAGUUUCAUUCCACGUUUUCCAGUGUAAAAAAAAAACAAACAAAAAAAAAUAUUAUUAUUAUUAUUACUGUUAUUUCUCUUCAGUCCUUUUUAUACGGGCUAAGUUUUCUAUCUGUGUUGACGUGUUAGCAUCAUUACAAGCUUAUUGUUAAUAAAAGAAAACUUCUUAACUGGUGUCCCGCCUUGUCUGACUUAUAUCGCAUGUGGGAUGUGAAAUUAAUUCACGAAACAAUUCCAAUUAAUCCCAUUAAUCGGUUACUGGUGCCUUGUGCAGUUCAAUAACCAUCGGACAGCAUCUUCCAGAGACGACCUUUAAGAAGAAAAACAUCUUCAGAGAGAUGGUGUCCUUCAGCGCCACUAAAUUCAAAUUUUCAUAAUGAGCCUUCAAUGGAACAAUGGAGCCUCAGGUUGUGCAGGGGUGUCAAACGGCAGCUAGAUAUGUUUUUCAGAGAUGUUGCAGGGGGAAUCCAUCUUGAGUGACUGGCUUUUCCGACACCUCAGUGAAGCCAUCUUCACGCCUUCUGCACAUGCUCAGCAACGAUUGGGUCUCCGGUACGGAUU